CGACUCGGUUUAUGUGUGAGUGGGACCUUGACUGAGUGGGGGCGCUCUUCAGACCAGUACCGCUAAUAGGAUUGCUAUAUUCACAAGCUAGGUUGAAAUAACAGGGGAUUUUAGGUCGCUCAAUCAAAAACAAAAUAUAGUAUCAUUAUCAAUCUUUCGCAUCUCACUCUAAAACACUAACACGGCAUUGAUGGUAAUGUAUGCAAGGAAACAACCGAGACUCGGCGAUGGGUGCGACCGAAGAGAUUCUCAGCCCUAUCAGACUCUCAAAUAUUCAUCCAAGAGCCAUCCAGGAGGGGACCGUCGACAUGAAAAGACACGAGACUCAACAGAUGUCAUUCCUCCCUGUAAAAUUCUCCGGAGGUCCGACAGUCCUGAAAACAAACACAUCGACAGCACAGGGAACAGCAGAGCAAAAACUGUGCACACACAACGGCCCAGAGAGAGGGAUGGAGGACCCAGUUAUUCCCCACAAGAAAACUCUCACAACCAUAGUUCCAUUCAUAGUUCCAACUCCCAUUUUAACCCCAGCAGGACGCCAGACACACCUUAUGAGCCUAGUGACGACUGGUCAGAGCACAUUAGUUCCUCUGGAAAGAAAUACUAUUACAACUGCAGGACAGAGGUGUCACAGUGGGAGAAGCCCAAAGAAUGGCUGGAAAGAGAGCAGAGGCAGAAAGAGGCAACAAAGACCGCUGUUGUCAAUAGCUUUCCGAAGGACAGGGACUACAGAAGGGAGACUUUACAGGCAACGGCGACCCCUGGCUUUUCUGGUCCUAAGUCGGCUCAGAUUGAGAAACCCUCAGUGGCCCUUGUCACCCAGUCAUCAUCUUCUUGCUUAGGUAGCUUAAACCCAUUAUCAGGACCACCUGGAUCAUCAGUUUCCACUGUACCUGUAUCCCCAAUACUUCAGUCCCCUGCUCCUACGCUACUACAAGACCCCACCCUACUUCGCCAGCUUCUCCCAGCACUUCAGACUGCCCUGCAGCUCAAUAAUGCCAGUGUGGACAUGGCCAAAAUAAAUGAAGUUCUCACAGCUGCUGUCACACAAGCUUCAUUACAGUCUAUGCUCCACAAGAUCCUCACUGCUGGACCAUCAGCCUUCAACAUCACCACUAUUCUUUCUCAGGCUGCUCAACUGUCUAGUCAAGUUCAACAAUCAAAUCAGUCACCAAUGUCUUUAACAUCAGACGCCUCUUCGCCAAGAUCUUACGUCUCCCCAAGGAUCAGCACACCACAGGCUAAUGCUGGUUCUUUAAAGCCCCUACUCAACACACAGCCCAUCAUCUCACAGCCAAAAGUGAAUACACCAUCAGUGAAACAGUUGUCUCAUUCCCAGCCCCCAUCCCAGCAACCCAUCUCAAGUGAUAAGCUGCACAGUCAUGAUGUCAACACAGCCUCUCCACGUACCCUCCAACGCCAAGGCAGUCAGCGCAGUCCUUCCCCUGGACCCAACCAUGUCGCCUCCAGCAGCAGCAACAUCACCUGCUCGGCCUCAGCUCCCCCAACAGCCUCAGUAGCCCGACCCUCUUGCUCUUUUACCCCCACACUUGCUGCACACUUCAAUGAAAACCUUAUCAAACAUGUGCAGGGAUGGCCAGCUGAACACGUAGAGAAGCAGGCAUCAAGAUUGCGUGAAGAGGCUCACACCAUGGGCAGUAUCUGCAUGUCCGAGAACUGCACUGAGUUAAAAAAUCUGCGGUCUUUGGUCAGAGUCUGUGAAAUACAAGCAACACUGCGUGAGCAGAGGAUAUUGUUUUUGAGACAGCAAAUCAAAGAACUUGAAAAGUUGAAGAAUCAGAAUUCCUUUAUGGUUUGAGAACUUAUGGUUUUGAGUUGGAGUGGGCAGGACAGACGUAGUAGCGGGACCCAUUGCACAUAGUUGGAGUCUGGAAUGAGAGCCGUUCAGUUACCCUUGAACCCAGUCUAAACACACGCAUACACAAGAUCGGGUUGGCUUUGGCCCAUUGGACUGGGACACAAGAGGGAAAAUUGAGGAUCUGUUGGUGGAGGAGGGGUAGGGGUGGAUUGACAGGAAUUGGUUUUGUAAAAACUCUGGAUGGGGAAGAAAAUGUAGAUUUCUUGUAGAUGUUAUCUAUGUUGUAAAUAUGUUUUGUAGAUUGAAGCCAUGGAAAGCCAUGCCUAUCAAAGCUUUCGAAAUCCAGAUUAAUCAAUGCCUACAGUCAUAAGAUAGCCUGUCAUUCAUGUUAAAUCAUCUCCGGAUUUAAAGCUUAAUUUCUCAAUUCUUAGAUCAUUGAACCAUUGCAUAUGUGUUUAUGUGACCAGCAUGUAAACAGAGGAGGAUGUGUGAAGCUAUUUUCUUUACACAGAACCCCAGCAUAAAUACAAAUGCACUGAUGUCAGUGUAGUUUAUGUUUAUCCUCAAAUCUUAAUAAACUCUUGUUGUCUAGAUUCUCUUCCCUCCACUCUCUCAAGGUGAUCUGUAAUGUGCACAAGCUUUGCAAACAUCCUCUCUCAACAGGUCUGUGGUAACUGCUCUCAAUGGUUCAGUGAUCUGUUUGCUAGGGCCUAUGCAUUACCCACUCAGGAUGGGAUCAUACAGUGCCUGUUGGAUUGUGGGAUGAGUGUUAUGAAGAACAUGGAGUGUAAUGGCAUGCUGCUCUGGACCAUUCCUGCUUCCCUCCCUUGGCCUGAUCCUGGCCCAACCUAGCCCUGUCCUCAUUUUAGUGCUGCCAACCUCUGUGGAUUUUUUAUGUUUGUUUGUUUUGUCCUCACUUCUGUGUUUCUGCUUUUUUUCCCCUCAUUUUCCCUCCUUAUGUUUUCAAAUUGAGGUGGUGCCUCUGUUUCAUUCCUUUGUACAAACACUAAGAAAAACUGGAGUGUUAAGAGGAAAAUGACUCAAAAGGUUUUAUUUAUGAGAUAAGCUGUAAUAUUCACUGCUGAUCCACACAUUUUCAUCAGUGCCCAGAUGUAGUAGUAAAGCUACAGCAGGUCAGAGGGUGUAUGUGGAACAUUUCCUUAGCACAGGGCAAGAAGGGGUCAAAGCUCAAAUGUGAAAUGUAAUAUUGUAAUAAACAUGUUAAACUAAAGCGAGCACUGGUUAUUUUAUCUUUCAAUGUUAGACCUUUUUUUUUUGUUUUAUGCUAGUGCCUUGUUGAAAGUCUUAAGCCUCAUUUACCUCCAGACCCCAUGCUUUUUUUUUGUUUUUCAUUCCAUCUUAAUUUCAACAAGCAUGUCCCUCACAAGGUCGUUGGCAAAUAUUCCAUCCGCCCCUCAGUUUUUGUGCCCUGCUGUAAAGGGUCAUCAGUCUCGAAAACCUAUGUAUUCCCUACCCAAUCAUUCAGUCUCUUGAACUGAACUUCACCACACAUUUAGCAGUGUCCACAUCAUUGCUUUGUAUAUUGGUUCCUGAAGUAUAUUGACAAAUGAAAUAAAAUGUUCCUCUCCAGGAUAAAUUGCUUGCGUGUUUGAUCAUCCCUUAAAACCUUGAAUGGCAUGUUUGGAAAU